AAUAUAUAUAACAGCUAUUUCAUUGUAAUAUAUAUGAACAAAAAUGAAGAACAAAAUAGAGACAUGGAUAACGACAGAGACAGGGACUCACUCAAAAUGACAAAUGAGUCAAUGACAGAGCAUGCCCGUCACCUUCCCUCCGGCUGAUCCAGCUCCACCACAUUAAAACUCACACGGAAAGAGAGAGAAAGAUGGAGUUUUAUGAAUAUAACACUCUGACCUUCUUGUCUUAUCACAAACAAAUCUCUCACGUUCCUUUUUACUCAUCCAAACCUAUUCUCCAUCACCAUCUCUUUACUGUAUGGGUUGUCGAGAUAUUCUGCUGACUUUCUCCGUCGCCCUCUUACUCAUCUCUCUGUUCCAGAUCUGGCUUUUCCGGGAAGGACAAGUCCGGGAACUGUCAGAAGACAACCAGGUUGGAAAAGACGUAAACACCCUCGCCUCCAAGAACAAGAAGGAUAAUGUUCAACGUCUCUUCCAUAGGUACUUAAAGGGUCUAAACAAUAGCAACAGUCGCUUUGAAGAUUCAUACAGACAGAUCCCUAGCUCCCCAGAUCGCCUCCACAACUAGUUAAUUGCUUCUGUUUUUAUAUUCUUUUAUUUUCUUCCAUCCUUUUAAAAAAAUUUAUUGUCAAACUAUAUUUAUUUUCUUACCUCUGUAUCUUACGUAUUUCGUAAAUGAGGGCAUUUCGGUUAUUCACAUUUGAAUGGCAAUUGUUAGCCGUUGUAUAUAUCAAAAUCGUUUUUUUUUUCAGUUCAGAAUUCUGAAGAGAUUUACUAGAAUUAUGAAAAUAUCUCUUCAUGAUUGAUCAACAUUAAAAAUGAUAUAAAAAACUGCUUUACAAAUAUUUGUAUUAUAUUAUUGAGAAUCUUUAAAGAGUUUGUUUACCA